UCUUUUUAAGCCGUCUCUUCCCUAAUCCUGACUUCACCCGAGGCGCCACAGCCAAUCCUGGCCCCACCAGGGUUCCACACCUACAGCAGAGUGGGAGGCUGCCUUUUUGGGGGUCACGAUGGUGUGCUCUGCUGACCGCCGCUUACCAGCUUGGACCUUACAUGACCCUUCAGAAGCUCGAGUUCCAUGUCUAUAAAAUGGGUCGCAAUAGGACCCACCUUAGUGUGAGGGAUAAAGAAAUCUCAUAGACUACUUAGCAAAGAACCUGGUAUUUAAGGAUCCGCGGUGAAUUAUUAUAGGAUACAGGUUCUAGGGUUUUUCUGUUUCAUCUUCCUGGGCGUCAUAUUUCUUCAGAUUGAACAUUGAGGAUGUCUUGCUCCAAGGAAUGCAAAAAUUAAAAAGGCCCUCGGCAUUGCAAGGUGAAGUGAAAAGAAAAAUCUAAGAUGAAGGCGUUUCAGAUCAUCUGCAGACAGCUUAGAAGUUCAAAGGGGUUCUCUGUAGAACCAGCCCUCCGUGUCGGUUUCUUCACUUCCUCUUAUUCAUGUGGCCGGAAGAAAAAAAUGAACCCUUAUGAAGAAGUGAACCAAGAAAAGUACUCUAAUUUAGUACAGUCUGUCUUGUCAUUCAGAGGCCAUGCUCAGACUCCAGAAUCAUUAUUCGAGGAAGAUACUUUACUCUAUGGACCUGUGAGUAAGUGUAAACCCCCGAAGCAAGAUGAGGAAGCAGGGGUUCCAGGAAACUGGUUUCCUCUCUUCAAUCCAGAGAAAUGCUUAAAACCAAAUGCAACAAGUGAUGCUACAAUUCCUUUGAAAAUCCCUUUGCAAAAGAAUAAGAUAACAAGUGUGACCCGUGUGCUUCAGCAGACCAUGACAUCAGAACAGCUUUUCUAUUUGGAAAGAUGGAAACAGCGGAUGAUUCUGGAACUGGGAGAGGAUGGCUUUGCAGAAUAUACUUCAAAGAUAUUUUUACAAGGGAAACGGUUCCAUGAAGACUUGGAAAGUAUACUUUCUCCCCAAGAGAACUUAAAAGAGAGAGAUGAAAAUCUCGAAUCUGGCUACAUCAAAAGUGUCCAGCAUAUUCUGAAAGAUGUCAAUGGAGUUCGAGCUCUUGAGAGCGCUGUUCAGCAUAAAACCUUAAAGUAUGGAGGUCUACUGGACUGUGUGGCUGAGUAUCAGGGCAAGCUGUGUGUGAUUGAUUGGAAGACCUCAGAGAAACCAAAACCUUUUAUCCAAAAUACAUUUGACAACCCAUUGCAGGUUGUGGCAUACAUGGGUGCCAUAAACCAAGAUGCCAACUACAGCUUUCAGGUUCAGUAUGGCUUAAUUGUGGUGGCCUACAAAGAUGGAUCCCCUGCCCACUCCCAUUUCAUGGACACAGAGCUCUGUUCCCAGUACUGGACAAAGUGGCUUCUUCGACUAGAAGAAUAUACAAAGAAGGAAAAGAACCAGAAUAUUCAGAAAUCAGAUUAGUGGCAGGAUGCUAUUUGAGUACAUUCAGCAUGUUCUCACAGUUUGGGAAGAGAUAUCACUGUUAACUAUGACCUAAAAUGGAGGUGCCACAGGAUCUGAGAGCUAUAUUAACAUAAGCAGAAGUAUUUGUUGAAAUUUAUUGCAACAAAAAAGACCAAAGCCAGAAAAGUUUAAAGAAUUGGACUUGUGAACAUAAAAGACCAACUAUGCUACCUCUGGCUAUGAUUUACCCGAAAAAAGAGCAAGCAGGAUUGGCACAGCAUUGGUGGCUCUUGGACCCCACCCCUGGGGACCUUUCUGUGUCCCAGGCAGGACGCCCAGUCUUUGAACUAAAAUUGGAGGGCAUUGAGGCUUGGUGUGCCAAGCAUUUCCUCGGGUACAUCAGGACGGCAGGGGCCAUGCCCCACCAGUUUGUGUGUGGAAGGAGAAUUUGCAUCAGCCAACUACUGCCGACGCAGUUUUCUAAAACUUGUGUCGUAGAUUGGGUUUCUCUAUAUAUUUCUUUGGGGAAAACUUUCAUUUAACAUUUUUGAAAAAUAAAUAUGCAAUUCCUUAGCCUCGAGUAAAUAUUGCUCUCUGGAAAGAUGGGGCAUAUUCACCAUAUCGUUAGCAAUAAUACCUCUUGGCAUAUUAGCAGGUAACCCCUAGAAGUAGCCAUACCGCAGUCUGAGAUUCAUAAUUGUAGGUAUUUUAAUAGUUGUGUUCUGGUUUGAGUCAAUGAAUCAUGUCCAUAGAGAAAAUAUCAUUUGUGGAAUUUUUCACCUGUGGGGAACAAUAAUUAUUGAUUUUUUUAUGUGUUUGACAAGUAAUAAAAAUUAUUAGUUGUCACUGGGUUUGGGAAACUUAAAUAAAUCCCUGCUGUGGCCCUGGGGAAGGUUGCCUGUUUCUUGGAGCAGGUCAGCAUUUAAGUUACAAUUACUGUCUUAAAUCAUAGGGUGCUACAAGUACUUUUUUUCUUUCAUUAGCUAUAAUUAUAAGAAAAUACAAGAUGUGAAUUAAACUA